CCGCGGAAAGGCAGCCUCUGCGGCUCGUGAGAGAGAGGGAGUGCGCGCGAGCGGCUCAGACAGAAGACCCGGUAGAGCGCGAGGAGGGGGGAUGAGAGAAAGAUUGAACGAGAGGAAAGAGAGGGAGAGAGAGAGAGAGCGACGACCGUCAGGGUCCGGGUGGCGGAGUCACGGAGGACACGGAGAGGGUAAGGCCAGACAGAAAGAGAGAUCCUUGACCUACCGACAGAUUGAAUGAAGCUGCACCUGGUGUUUCUGAGGACCCUCUCCAUGUUUUGAUCUGCUCAGUGUUUUUUACUAUAGAAAGUUGGUUCCACAAAGCCACCUUCUGCCAUGCCGUCCAACGGUCCUGCUGUGGCUGAGCCGCCUCAGACACCAGAAAACAACGCCUCCAAUGAUUUGAGCGAAGACGGAGCAGAUCGGGACAGUCCGGAGGAGGGGACGCCAGCCAGCCCCAACAAUAAGCGAAGAGUCGGCCGCCCCAGCAGGAAACGCAAGCAGCUGCUUCCUGAGAUGGCGGCCUCUGACCCCUGCGCAAACGCCCCCCCAACUCCGCCUGAGGAGCCGGUGCCUUCCCCCUCCUCACAGAAGAAGCGAAGGCGUCGGAAACUAGAGCAAACUGAAAGGAAUAAAGACGAGCCAGAUGAGAGAAACUGCGACUCCCCCAGAGAGGGUGAGACUGGUAGGCUCCGUAGGAGGCCAGUCCCCAGAGUGACCUUCCAGGCUGGGGAUCCGUACUAUAUCAGCAGGAGGCAGAAGGAAGAAUGGCUCAGCCGCUGGAAGAUGGAGGCAGAGCGACGGGCAUACAGAGAGGCGGAGAUUAACAUGAUGGACGACCUAUCAGAAACUGGCUUUCAAAAAGAGGAGGAGCCAGCCAGCCCCGGCCCUCCCCCUUCACAACAACACACAGAUCCGGCCUCUCCAACGGUUGCCGUGACGCCGGAGCCAGUUGCUAGAGGAGACCAGGCUAUGCCCAGCGAGAUUGAAUACCAGGAUGGUCGGGGUUUUGGCAUUGGAACUUUAGUGUUUGGGAAGCUGCGAGGUUUCUCUUGGUGGCCCGGACGGAUCGUUUCCUGGUGGAUGAGUGGCCGGAGUCGAGCUGCGGACGGCACUCGCUGGGUGAUGUGGUUUGGUGAUGGAAAAUUCUCUGUUGUUUGUGUGGAGAAGCUGAUGCCUCUGAGCUCUUUCUCAUCUGCUUUCCACCAGCCAACAUACAACAAGCAGUCCAUGUACCGGAAGGCCAUCUUUGAGGCUCUGCAGGUUGCAAGUGUGCGAGCUGGGAGACCAGUUCCUUCCUGUGAUGCGAGCGACGAGGCUGAAGGUGUAGAACUUCAGACCAGACAGAUGAUUGAGUGGGCCAUGACCGGCUUCCUGCCCAAUGGUCCACAGUCACUGGAUCCUCCAGAAGAGGAGCAAAAUCAGUUUAAAGAAGGAUACCUAGAGACGUUGCCAGAGCCGGAGGCUGCAUACACACCUCCACCUGCAAAGAAACCGCGCAAGAACUCAGCGGAGAAAGCAAAAAUCAGAGAGGUGAUCGACGAAGGGACCAGAGAGAGACUCAUACAUGAAAUCAAAAAGAAGACCAGGAAUAUAGAAGAAAUCUGCAUCUCCUGUGGGAGCCUCAACGACUCUCUGGAGCAUCCUCUCUUCAUAGGAGCAAUGUGCCAGGGCUGCAAAAACUCAUUCCUAGAGUGCGCCUACCAGUAUGACGACGAUGGCUACCAGUCCUACUGCACCAUCUGCUGUGGAGGGAGGGAAGUGCUCAUGUGUGGAAACAACAACUGCUGUAGGUGUUUCUGUGUGGAAUGUGUAGAUCUCCUGGUGGGAGCCGGCUCAGCGGCGGCAGCAAUCAAAGAGGACCCCUGGAACUGCUACAUGUGCGGACCCAGGAGCACCUAUGGAUUACUGCGACGACGGGAUGACUGGCCCAUCAGACUACAGCAUUUCUUCGCCAACAAUCACGAGCAGGAAUUUGAACCCGCCAAAUUGUACCCUCCAGUUGCAGCAGAGAAGAGGAAACCAAUCAGAGUCCUCUCCCUAUUUGACGGCAUUGCUACAGGUCUGCUGGUGCUGAAAGAUUUAGGCAUCCAGGUCGACAAGUACGUUGCAUCCGAGGUUUGUGAAGACUCGAUCACUGUCGGCAUGGUUCGGCACCAGGGACGCAUCAUGUACGUGGGGGAUGUACGCAAUGUAACCCACAAGCAUAUCGAAGAGUGGGGACCAUUUGACCUGGUAAUCGGAGGAAGCCCCUGUAACGACCUCUCCAUAGUCAACCCUGCAAGGAAGGGCCUUUAUGAGGGCACUGGGAGGCUGUUUUUUGAGUUUUAUCGCCUGCUCCAUGAGGCUCGACCCAAACCGGGCGACGAGCGACCGUUCUUCUGGCUUUUCGAGAAUGUUGUCGCUAUGGGAGUCAGUGACAAACGCGACAUCUCCCGCUUUUUAGAGUGUAACCCAGUGAUGAUUGAUGCCAAGGAAGUCUCUGCUGCCCACCGCGCUCGCUAUUUCUGGGGAAAUCUGCCAGGCAUGUCCAGACCUCUGACGGCAAUGGCAAAUGACAAACUGGACUUACAAGAGUGCCUCGAGCAUGGCCGCACAGCUAAGUUUGAGAAGUUGCGUACGAUAACGACACGCUCCAACUCUGUGAAGCAGGGGAAAGACGAGCAUUUCCCCGUCUACAUGGACAACAAGGAGGACAUCCUCUGGUGUACAGAGAUGGAAAGGGUGUUUGGUUUCCCCGUCCACUACACCGACGUGUCCAACAUGAGUCGUCUGGCGAGGCAACGGCUGCUGGGUCGCUCCUGGAGCGUCCCUGUCAUCAGGCACCUCUUCGCCCCGCUCAAGGAGUACUUUGCCUGCUAUUAAUUACAAACCAACUCUCUCUCUCUCACACACACAGACAAAGAGACACACAUGCUGGUAACUACAAAAGAAUACAGUUAGUACAUGAAGGUUGGCUGAUGCAGAAUGAUACAGAAUGGGCAAACACACAUUAACACACAAGUAAUGUAAAGGACUGCUUCCCCAGAUCCCGAGUAGACCUCUGGCUGACCUUAGUUCCCUGGUGCUACCCUGCUGAUUUAUGUACACAAACACACAGCUGCAGGGUUUCUGUACUGUAAUUCAUACAUAUAUUUCCUGUCCAACCUUGAAACUGAUGUCUUCUGGCUUUACCGUGCCGCAGUAGCUGGAGUUACAACCUCCAGGGGGCGCAAACGUAACAAAGAUGCCCUGGCUUUCUUCUUUUUAACAUGUCUUUGAGUGCAUAAACACACCAAUGAAACCGUCUGCCGUAACACUCAUCUGUAUUAAAGCUUAGUGACAGUGCUGGCGGUGAAAUGAACUAAAAUAUAUCCAAAAACAUACACACAUAACCGUUAAUGCUCGUGGUGCUAGUCUGGUGGUGAUGGAGUCCAAUCGGUGCCACUUAAACAUAACACUUCUACAGUUCUUGGUGCUCUUGGAGGCUAAACAGUCUCUGUUUUUUGUUGUUUUAGUCGCUGCAUUGUUUUUGUUUCCCUGAGUUAAACUAAACCUUUUUGUUUAGCAUUUAGCAACAAAACAUGUGAAUAGUAAACAUCAGGACCAGAUUUAGUGACCUUAUGAAGAAAUUUUGAAGACAAAGGUCUUCGUUACUGAGAUAUUUAAACAUGAACAUGAGCGUCUAGAACUCAUUUAGGUAGUACAAUGUCAGAUUUCUAUGAGGCAGAGCUUCUUUGAUUUUACAAAUAAUCAUCUUGAGUGAAUUUACACCAAGGGUGUCCAAGAUGUGGGACCAUUUACAGCCCUCAAAAUGAUUUUGUGCGGCCCAAGAUCUCAACUAAAGAAUGGUAGAAAUUUGGCAUUUACAUUGACAAAUUAAAAUCUUCCUAAAAUGCUUAACGUUAGGAACAAAAUAAAGUGGAUUUUAAAUUGUAAACAGAACCACAAAUAUCCAGUAACUUUUACUCUAAAGCAGAUUCAGGUGCACAACUUUAUCAAACUUGAUAAAAUACAUCUAGCAAAGAAAGAGUGACGCAUAUCCUUAUUUCUUAAAAUGGACUAAUUCUUCUUUUCUAAACUAAGAAAAUAGAAAAAUUUGGAUUCGAAAAAACUGUCCAUAUUUAAAUUUUAAACAAAUUUUCUGCAGGAUGACCUGAACCAACCAAACUACAGGUCAAACGUUUGCUCAAAUUUGUUAAAAAAAGAUCACAGUUUAAAUGGGAUGCUCCAACAAAACAAACAUUAUUAUAUAGUUUUGUUUUACUAUAUUUAUCAAGUAAUAAUUUGCGGGGUUUUUUUUGUCUUUUCCUUGACAGUAGCCUGCUCUGGCUUUACUAACAGCAUGGCAUAUAAACGACAUGCAAACAGUGACUUGUUUCUUACUUUUGUACUGAAAUAUUGACUCUUACAAAUCUUCUAAACUCUAAAACGGAGUCAUUGUUUUCUUUGGUCAAUAUUUAUUUAGCAAUGGUCUGUUUUAACAUAAAUGUAUACCUAAAGGUAAAAUGAAGAAAUUGUGCAUAUUAAUGAAAACAAAGUCUGAUCAUAAUCAUCUCAUAAUCCAUAAACUUGUACUUUUAUAAGCAUGUCAUUGUUAACAAAAAGAUGAAGUUGCUUCCAGAUCUUUAGGUUGUAGUGUAUUUCUGAAAUAUUGGGGAUUAUGAACAGAAUAUAUCAUGCUGGGAGAAAUGCAGUGAAUAUUUGGGAAUGUAAGAUCCAGUUAAGGGAUUUAAGUGAUAAUUAUCUGAAGAUGAGUUUAUAAAGAAAGAUCUUUAUGAAACAUAUUCCUACAUUGGUCUGCUGUACAAGCCCAGCAUUUACAGUCAUUGCCAAAAGUUUUUAGACGGACUGAAAUUUUAUUUUUCCAGAAACGUUACUGCUUCAGUCCAGAUAUUUCUGUGAUCUACUGAAGUUCAGUAAAAUAUUUUAUACUUAUUAAAGGCUUUUAUUAAGAAAUAUAUGAAGCUGGAUAAAGAUCUAGGAAACAUCCUGUCUAUGGACCAAGUGAUCUGUUGCCACUUAGUUUACACUUGUGUUUUGUGACACUUUGCUCCAUCAUGUUAGGAAAAGCAUUGUUCAUCAUCAGAUUGCUCCUGGAUUGUGCAAUUCACACAUGAAACGUCUCAGGUUGCUUCAUUGGCUGCUUGACUCUGGCCUAAUGGCAAUAUUCACCUGUUCUUCUGAUGUCCCAAACAGUGUGAAGGGUCUUUUAUCUGCAUCCCUGCCCUGGUACAUCCUGCACAGUCCUAGUCUGUAAUUGAUGUUGUUCGGUCAGAGAAGUGGCUUCCUUGCUGCCCUUCUGGACACCACUCCAGCAUCCUAAAGUCUCUGCUGUGCUACUUAGAUUCCUUAGCGAGCACUGCACUGGUUUCAGCCCAAUCUAUUAGCUGAUUCCUCUUUAGGAGAUGAUCUUGCUGAUCGUUCUCGGGUGUCCUGAAGCUUUCUUCACAAUAGUUGAGCCACAUUCCUUGGCAGUCUUGAUAAUUGAAUAAAUGCUUGAUUUGGGUGCAAUCUCCCUACCAGUAAUAUUAUGAUGCAAGGCAGUGAUGCAGCAUGUGUUUCCUGGGAGGUAACCAUGGUAACCACUUCUUUCUAAAGCAGCCAUUUAGCUCUUCUGAUUGAAUCAGAAUGACAGACUGAUAUUGGUACGUCCAACCGGGCUAACUGUAAUCCGCUCAUCCAUUGCCUAUACCCGCCCACCUUUGCUGCAACAGACUGGGGGGUUUGGGAAGACAGAGCAUACAAAGAAAAAACGCAGAAGCACUGAUCCUGGAGUACUUUCUAUGUUAAAGAAAAUGUAAAGAGUUAAUGGGGGUAGUAGCUCUUUAGCGGCUUCAUCUAGGAGAGAAAGGCAGCUAAAAAUAAAAGAUCAUUGAAAUGGUCCCCGUGGAUCAUUUUGUGGCAGGCCUAAAAGACUAAAAGUUAAUCUUCAUUAACCUUCAUUAACUGCAAUUAAAUGCAUUUCAUCGCUCCUAAUAGCAACCUAGACUCAAAAGUCGAACGGUAAAGUUUGCAAAAAGCAAAAUGUUUGUCGGUCUUAAAACUUUUGGUGAGGAAUGUACAGCACCUCCACUUAGCAGUGGAUCUAUGUGAAUUAACCGGGUCUGUUAGCAGUCGUUGGUUGUGUUGAUGUUGUUCUUCACCCUUUGCUUUGCUCUAAUGUCAAAAAGGCAGAAACUGUGAUAGAUGGAUGUCUUUCUUUUACAUAAUUUUACACGGUUUUGCCAAAUUCUGUCUACCCCUCUCAUAUCUUAACUGACUAGCAUCAGCCUACAGUACAGUUUUGCAGUGAACAACUCUCUUAGCAAGUGUAUCUGUGCUGGUUAAAGAGCCCCACUCCUUCGGCCUUCAGAAGGUGGGGUACCUCUGUGCAAAUAUGGCUCCAACCAGAGCCAUUAAAUCAGGUUUAAAGUCAUCUUGCAACACAAUUUCUGCCUUCAGAGCAGCUCUGCCUCAAAGAAAUGUUAAACUGACACAUUAAAAGACUUUGUAGGAUUCAGUAUUUUUGUUACAGCAGCGUUUAGAGUACCCUCCUGUUAUGGUGCAGCAUCUCUUGUGCCUCAACUCCAGUGUUGCUCUUUUUUCUUUUGUCUGGUGAAAAGGUCCUCGAGUUAUCCAGGAGUUGUGCUCACAGAGAUCCACUUUCUGCUUUAGUUACUGCACAGCAGCAUCAACAUCCACAGAAAUCAGAGGCAGACCUUUAUCGAGACACUAUGCUGGUUUUCUACUUCCUGUGACUGAAACAGAUAACCCUGUUUAAAUAACACACACUUCCUUAUAAAACACAAAAAACAACCUGAAGCCUUCAUUGGAUGCUUUUUCUGCCUUUUAUCCACAACAUGCUGGGAUAAUCUCAGCUGCUCUCAAUGUUAAACGUGAGAUAAGCAGCUAUGUUCCUAGAUGACACACACAUCCUAUGAGAGAGGUCCAUGUAGUGAUGAAUGGAUUAUUUACACAGGGCUGUCUUCUGAGCAAACCUUUCAGUCUGGUGCUUGUGGUCCUCAGACGACCCUCUUUUCCAGGAAGCCUUCCAGUCCGCUGAACCAUUCUCAGAUACCAGCUGAACAACUGAACUCAUGCAGUCUAUGCGGACACACACCUACACACACCUUACAUGCGCAGUCUCUCAAGUCAACAGUAAACCAGCAGGUUCAACGUCUUUUCCAUCAUGUUUACUCUCUCCGUUUAUACAACCAACCUUCAGGUGCUUUUUAAACUGCUCUUUUUUACAGUGCUCUCUCUGCAGGUCAAAAACCAGACACACAAUCAUCUGCUGGAUACACAGUGCCCGACUUUUCUGCUUCUUGUAAACAAAACACACACAUGCACACACGCAUACUGUGCUCUUUGCCGGUCGCCUGUUUUACCGUCAGGCUUCCCAGCGGCACUGCAGGGUGAGGUAGUCUCCCUGCGUUGCUUGGUGCUCCCGACCCCGAUCGCUCUCCUCCCUACCUGAAUCCUCCAUCACCACCUCCCCCCGGUGCUGCAUGUCAGUCAGUCAGUGUAAUCUCUGAUUCCAUGUUAGAUUAGGGAGUAUUGAGAAUAAUAAAAUAAUUAUAUGAUGAUAAUAAUAA